CGUGUUCAGCACGUGGGAGGCGCAGAGGGCAGCGAGGGAGACGGUCUCCGUGCGCCGUAUCAGUUGCAGGGGCCGCAUCCAGGAGACACGGCGAUGAUGCUGGGCCCAGCUCUGCUCCGCGUGGCUCGGUGCGCAGUGUGGCGCCACCGGGUGGCGCGUGUGCCCUGUCGCGGCGAGCCCUCCGUGGUCGCCUUCCGCCAAUACUUCACCAACUCCGACGCCGGGAACAAAGAUCCGCGUGACCCCAGGGGCAACACCGUCUCCGACGCCAGGACCAAAGAUCCGCGGAAGGACAGUGGCAACCGGAGAGAGGACGUCAAUGGCAAGGAACGUGUCGUCGAUCUGGAUUUGUGGAAGAGCAUCGCAAGCAAAAGCAUCCCACGGGAAGCGUCGGCGGACGACGCGGCUACGCAUGGCGUCGCUGCCAGCGCCGACAAUCGAGAGGAAGCCCCUCGCGAGCCCGGGGCUCCAAGCAUCGCCGAGCGAGCAGAAGCCCCUCAGGAGCCCAGUGCUCUGAGCACUGGCGAGCGAGAGGAAGCCGCUCGCGAGCCCGGCGCUCCGAGCACCUACGAGCGAGCGAAUUCCGUUGGCGAGCCCGCCGCUCCGGAGUCGGCGCCGGAGCUGGCGGAUGGGCACGGCGGUCUGAGCGCGGCGGUCGAGCUAGCUGGAGUGGGCUCGGCGGAGGCAACGCUGCAGCUCAUCGGGCUGUGGCGCGAGGCGGGCAAAUCCGUGCCGAGCGUCAUGACCGACGCGCAGAUCCAGGAGUACCUGGAGAUGACGAGCAAGUCGAUGCGCCAGCGGUUCCUCCGCUUCCUGCACAAGCGCGAGUGCAUGAAGGAUGCGAGGAAGCAGAAGCAGGAGGCGAAGAGGGAGGAGCGUAAACUACUGCCGCCAAAGGAAGAGGCCCCCGAGUUGCCUCUCAGGAACAGCUUCCUGUUGACGUUCUGGGCCCGCUCGGAGGAGCGCGCCUUUGACUGGCGUCUAGCGCAGGCCAUGCAGCACGGCCAGCCGCUCGUCAUCGACAUGAGCUACGACGACAUGAUGAACUCGCGCGCGUCGCGCAGCUGCGCCGAGCAGAUCAUCGAGCUCAUGUCCAGCAACCGGCGCGCGCUCGAUCCCUUCCACCUGCACCUGUGCGGCUACGCGCCGGGUGACGCCAGCGGCCGGACGGCUAGCGCUGCGCUGGCCCGGCUCUACGGCGCCGACGCGCUGCGCCGGAUCCUCGUCACCGAGACGGAGCGCUCCUACCUGGAGCUGUUCCCCCACGAGCGGCUCGUCUACCUGACGGCCGACUCGCCCAACGUGCUGCGCGAGUUCGACCCCUCGGCCGUCUACGUGGUGGGCGGCUUCGUCGACCUGUCCAUCGAGACCGGCGUGUCACUGGGCCGCGCCAAGCGCCAGGGCCUGGCGACGGCGCGGCUGCCGCUGGAGAAGUACCUGAGCUGGGGCCUGGGUGGGAAGAACCUGACCCUCGACCAGGUGGUGAAGAUCCUCGACCGCGUCAAGGACACGGGCGACUGGAGCGACGCGCUGCGCUUCGUGCCGCGGCGCAAGCUCAAGAACACGACCGACGCGGACUUCGCCGUUGGCCGCCACGGCCACCAGCACGGCCAAUAUGGUCAGCAAGGCCAGUACGGCCGGCACGGCCAGCCAGGCCGGCCCUUCGACAACCAGAGAGCUUUCAGACCCGGGUCGGAUGCCGGGGUGCGGCGGGGGCCAGGCGGGCCGUGCGUGGGCAACUGGGGGCAGGGCGGGGAGGCGAGGGGCGGGAGUGUGGGCGACACCGGGCGGGACGGAGGCAGGCGGAGCGGAGCGCGGAGAGAAGCGUGGCGAUGGCAAGGGGACGACCCCAACGGGAAUGAGUGGCACGGCGCCAAGGGUCACGGGACUAAGGGUCACGGACCAAAGGAUGGCUUCCUCGGCACCUGGCAAUCAAAAUCACCGGACAAGCGGUGAUUGGUGGCGGCCGCGCCACAUGCCCCGUGAUGUUAAAAACAUCUUCGCGUUUAUAUUCCGCGGUGUCGGGGGGCGUGCGUGCAUGUCCGUCCUCGCAAAUGAGCGUUGGCCGAUGCUCGAUACUGUCGGCAGCCCCGAAGCAGUGGUGGAAAAUUUGUCACUCGCGUGUCGGGGGGGUUAAUCUGUGCAGUGGACAACCGCUGGCGACUUCAGCAAAGCCGGUCCUAGUUUUAUUGACUCCCAUGGACAUCAUGGGCUGGGGUGAUGCUGCUCGCUCGGCAUGAACGGAGCGCUCUCGCCAGGGCGAUGCCACACUAUGCAUGCAGCCUGCAUCGCACCACGCCGGAUGUACUUUUGUACGUUGAACUUCUAUCGCAGAAAUGCUUUUCAAUCUAGUUGAUUUAACAGUGCACAGCUCCAGUGGCUUCCUAUUAUCGGAAGGAAGAGCAUUCCAGAUGGCUGCAGAAGCGCAUCUGAAAGCGUGCGAUGCGGUGUUUGAUGGUUGGCCAAAAGCCGCUGGGUGAAAGGUGCUCUGCAGCAGGGAGUGAGCAUUCACAACGGGCGUCCCCGUCAUGCACACACGCACAGUCACACUCGCAGUCACGCACCCACGGCGCUUGAACACCGACAUUCAGCAUUUUACGAUGACCAAGUCGCCCAGAAUGCACCCACACUCGUCAGAUCUCGGGAGCUAAGUGGGGUUGAGCCCGGAUAAUGCUCGGAUGGUCGCCCACCACAAAACAGAUGUCCUUCCUUCUGGGAAUGCAUAAUUAUCCGCAGCAUUGGUUUAACACGAGCAAACUGUGGACCGGUUUCGACAUUCAGUGUCUCAUCAGUAGAUUCAGGUGCUAUAGGUGACUGUGGGGCCAAGUCGUCAGCAGAGUGCAGCGCAGCAAAAUCCAUGGUUGUGCUGUACUAUGCUCCAACAUCUGUGCUCCCUGCCUUUACCAACCCACAAAGACCAGCGUGGUGAAGUGUGUUCUAAUAACCCCCACGACCCACGUGGCGUGGUGAGGCCCUUAUCCAGCAGUGGAUCGAUAGUGAGGACGGUAAGUGCACACGCUGCCCCAGCUCUCUGCACCACCCGUGCCCCAGGGUGGAGUGAUGCUGCCCGUACGAUUUGUAUUUGGCUGCGUGAAUCCACAUCUUUGACACAGGCCUGUGCCUCGCCUGUUCCCACCACCGCGCAUUCCUGCUCUGUAACAGCGCUGUUGUACACUGCGUAAUGCUGUCAAUAAUAA